AUGAUAUUAUCAAUUUUGUCACCCUUAACCGUAAUGUACAUAUUACAUGAUUGUUUUCGAUCGAACAAUGAGCGUUCUAUGGAAUAUACAUUGAAACUUGCAUUGAAUAUAUUUCCAGAGAGUGUAGUAUGGUUGAAACGUCUCUUGAGAGGAGUUUUACCAAUUUUAUCGCUCACAGAAACUGAACGUAUCUAUAAAUUUCCGGCGGGUAUUAAUCGUACAGCAAUUUGGUAUAAGAUAGAUAAGUGCUUAACAAAUAAAAAUGAAGAUUGCCGUCCUAUAUGGAAAUGGACACCAAGCUAUGCCAAUGAAUGGAUUACAUGUCCACAACUUGAAGUAUCCUUUGAACCAUGGACGGGACAAAUACCGCGUGAAGAAAAUAUAUUUAUAAUACUCUUCUUACAUACGUUUGCUCCUAAUCCACCAUAUAGUGAUCCACAAUCAACUCAAAAUUUUCUUACGAAUGAACUAAUGUUUAACAAAUUAUCGCAAACUCUGCUACAUCAUACAUCUACGAGCAAAACAGAGUAUUUUGAAGGGUCAACUGAAUAA